GGUUGCGUCAGCCUCAUCAUCUAUGCGGACAUCCCUAGAAAUAUACUGUGAAGAUGCACCCGCUGGGACUCUGUAACAACAAUGAUGAAGAAGACUUAUAUGAAUAUGGCUGGGUGGGGGUAGUGAAGCUGGAGCAGCCAGACCUGGACCCGAAGCCGUGUCUCACUGUCCUCGGCAAGGCCAAACGAGCUGUACAGCGAGGGGCUACUGCAGUCAUCUUUGAUGUCUCAGAAAAUCCAGACGCCAUUGACCAGCUGAACCAGGGCUCAGAAGAUCCACUGAAGAGGCCCGUGGUGUACGUGAAAGGGGCUGAUGCCGUCAAAUUGAUGAACAUCGUUAACAAGCAGAAGGUGGCACGAGCACGGAUUCAGCAUCGACCGCCCCGGCAACCCACUGAGUACUUUGACAUGGGCAUUUUCCUGGCUUUCUUUGUGGUGGUCUCCUUGGUUUGCCUCUUCCUCCUCGUCAAAAUCAAGCUGAAGCAGAGACGCAGCCAGAAUUCAAUGAACAGGCUGGCCGUGCAGGCGCUGGAGAAGAUGGAGACCAGGAAGUUCAAGGCGAAGAGUAAAGGCACGCGAGAAGGGAGCUGGGGGGCCCUGGACACCCUCAGCAGCAGCUCCACUUCGGACUGCGCCAUCUGUUUGGAGAAGUACAUUGAUGGAGAGGAGCUCCGGGUCAUUCCUUGUACUCACCGAUUUCACAAGAAGUGCGUGGAUCCCUGGCUGCUUCAGCACCACACCUGUCCCCAUUGCCGUCACAACAUAAUAGAACAAAAGGUAAACUCCGGGCCUGGGUGCGCGGAGCCCGGUAACCCCGCGCGGAGCCGGCAGCCGAGGGUCAUCUUACCGGUGCAUUAUCCGGGGCGAGUGCACAGGACCAGCCAGAUCCCGGCGUAUCCCAUGCGGACGAGUAUGGACUCCCAAGGGAACCCCAUCACGCUGCUUACCGUCGACCCCCACGGGGAGCAGAGCCUGUACACAGGCCAGGCCCCGGCCUACCUCCCCGGCUACCCGCCGCUGCACCUGGACCACGCCCUAAACCCUCACCGCUGUGGCUUGGAGCACAGGACUUACGCGCCAGCCCACGCCUUCCGCAGGUCCAAGUUCAGUGGGCGUGGCCUCUCCAAGGCCGCCUGCCUCUCCCAGUACGAGACCAUGUACCAGCAUUACUACUUCCAGGGCCUGAGCUACCCGGAGCAGGAGGCGCAGGCCCCUCCCGGGCCCUCCCGUGCCUUCCAGCCCAGCGGCAGUCUGCUCUUCCCCACCGUGGUCCACGUGGCGCCGCCUGCCCAUCUGGAGAGCGGCAGCACGUCCAGCUUCAGCUGCUACCACGGCCACCGCUCGGUGUGCAGCGGCUACCUGGCCGACUGCCCCGGCAGCGACAGCAGCAGCAGCAGCAGCGGCUCGUCCGGACAGUGCCGCUGCUCCUCCAGCGACUCGGUGGUCGACUGCACCGAGGUCAGCAACCAGGGCGUCUACGGGAGCUGCUCCACCUUCCGCAGCUCGCUCAGCAGCGACUACGACCCCUUCAUCUACCGCAGCCGCAGUCCCUGCCGGACCGCCGAGGGGGGCGGCCUGAGCCGGGGGCCCACGGCGCUCCUGGAAGGGCCCCCCCACGAGGAGCUCCCGGCGCCCGGCGCAGCCUCUCCCUCCGGGGACCAGCUGUCCAGCUGCAGCCUCGAAGUCAACUAUAGCAGCCAUUCCUCUCUGGAGCCCAGGGAUGUGAGCAGCUCUACCUCAGAAGGGGGGCUCGAGGCUCCUCCAGGGGCCACGUGGGACGUCAGGAGGGCCUGGAGGGGCCCGGAGGCCUCCGCGGCGGCUCCCGACCCGUCAUGCGCGUGCCGCUUUGAGGCACCGCGCCCGGCUCUGGAGUCUGGCGCGGGAGCCUCCUGUCUGGGCCCGGACCAUUUGCGUAGGACAGACGGGGUGAGGUGCGGGGGCUUGCCCUGCUACUUCUAUGAAGAGAAGCAGGGGGCGCCCGGUGGUAGCGGCAGCAGCUGCUACACUGAGGACUACGCGGUGAGUGUGCGCUACACGCUCCCCGACGAGACCCUGCCGAGCUGCUAUCUGGGGUCUCGGGAGCUGGGCCAGCGCAUCCCCAUCAUUCCUGAGGACAUGGACUGUGACGUGGACAGCUCCUGGGAUGAGCUCCCUGAGUCGGUCCCUCAGCAACACCAGGGCCUGGGGGAGGCCCAGGAGGAGAGAGACCUGGGCUUCCCGGCUCGUGCCUUCCAGCUUCCCCACGAGGAAGAAACCAGGGCCUUCUUCUCUCGGGCCACCCUGGACUCCUCGGAGGCAGUGGCACCCACGGAGGCUGCAGGCCUGGGACCUCACCCUCACCCACCACUGGACAGAAGUGGCAGAGUUAUCUGAGCGCAGACGGACUUUUAGCUGGAAACAGCAACUCGGUGGAGACUCCGAAUUGUUUGACUUCCUUUCAAAAGAAAAAAGAAACAAAAAGGCAGAACUUUUUUUAGCUUUGACAAACAGAAAAGUGGUAAUAUGGAGAGCCAGCCCUGCCCUUUCCCCCAGAAUGUGAGCCCCCAAUGUGGCAGCACUGCCUUGAAACCCUGACCCCCUGCCCACCACCAGACACAAUGCCCUGAGCCUUCUCCCUUCACACACAAAUGUCUGUUCUUGUGUUCGCUGCAGUGUGCGCGUUGGGGUUCGGGCUGGGGCAGGACUGAGCUCUCUGCUUUUUAAAAAUAUUCUAUGUAAAUGUAAAAAGUGUUAUUUAAAUAUAUAUUUUUUAAAAUCUUAAACUCACCAACUUUGCUGAAAAGAAAGCUCACACACUACUGCAUUAAAAUGAACCACGUCUUGUGUGGACACUGUUGUUUCCCCAAGGGAGUUCAGGCCUUUGAGAUGCUCAGGGCUGUGCCUGCCUUAGAAAACUGGCCAGAAACGUGAAGCGGUUACCUGGCGUGGGUACGACCGGAGGAGUGAUGCCAUGAGGCCUCUGUUGUUGUCGUUGCAAACCGUGGACCUCGUAGAGGUCGGGCCGGGCGUGGGGCCAGGGCCCCCCAGAUUCUGGAGGGAUUCUGGAGGGAUUCUGAUCGUUUGUGCAGCCCCGGGCUGGCGGGAGCUCACACAACUUUAGUCAGCAGAAAACGAAGCCCAGGGCCCUCCUCACCUGCCGUGAGGACCAGGGAGGGUUGCCACUCUUUCUGAGGUAGCGCAGCUCCCUCUCCCUGCAGACCCAGGAUGGUGGCCGUGGGGCCCAGCGGUUCCGGGGCGCCGGCUCCCACGGAGGUGACUGGAUUGGGUACGGCCCAGAGGGAGCGGGGUUGGGUCGUCUUGGACAACGUGCAGGCAUGUCGACAUAAGUUGUGCUUGACCCUCCUCGGAGCCAGGGAUGGCGGCGGGGGGACGAGGUCUGGGCCUCGUGCACAUGCAGAUGUGCCUGCCUCCAUAGCUGGGGGCACUGGCUUCCAAGGACAGAGCCCACCAGUGUAGCGUGCCCCUCCCGUCCCCUCAGCCGCGCUGGGUGCCUGUGCCUGCACAUGCCUUGGGCCCCGCGGCUCCUUUGGGCCUAGCGCGCUUGUGGUCCACUUGUUUCCCGUGGAAGCAGCUGCUUGAAGGGCCAGGCGCAGCUGGAAUUGCCAUCUAACCGCCCUCCUUGUUCCCUACCGGGGAAAGCCAGGCUGUCUUUGGCAGGUGACGACUUGAGUCCCAAAGUUGGAGUGGGAGGGAUUCUUUUUUUUUUUUUUUUUUUUUUUUAAUGAAAGGGGGUGUGAAAUAUCCAAGCAGUUAUGGGAAUAUCUUUUUUCAUUAGAGAAUCUGUUUGAGGUAUUUCCAAUCCAGAAUUUGGAUUUUUUUGUUGUUGUUGUCAAAUAUAUCUUUCCUCCCAUCCUUCCUUUUCUUUUUAUGAAGAAAUAAUUACAUUAACCCAGAUAGUGUUCACUAACUUUUCUAGUCACCUCUUCUAAAAGACAAUUCAUUUUGUUCAAAUUACAUUUAUCGCCUUACUUUUAAGCUUGACCUGUGCGUCCUAAGUCAGUGAGCUGAAUGGGAACCAGUGAGAGAGAGUCAGCCCAAGGGGCCAUGGGCAGAGAAGAGCUUCUGCCCUCCCUGUGUCCAAAGGCAGUUCCAGGUCCCUGAAUGCCUCUCACCAAGAAGCUGCGCGGGAUGUGAGAUCAGCAGAUGGGUCACCAGUUGGGGAGGCAGGCUGGCAAUCCGCCAGGGCAGUUUCUCUUAGCCAGUGUUUGAAAGAGUAAACCAAUCAUCUGGCCGCCCUCCCCCACCCCCUUUACCUGUGGAAAUCUGUUGAAGUGAGCUUGGGAGGGGCCUUGGCAGCCCACCAGGACACCUGGCCACCCCACCCCAGAAUGCCUGUUGGGGGAGGGGGAGAGGAAGGAAGGCAGCUGCUGCCUGUGCCAGGAGGAGGAGGCCCGGCAGCACUGAUUUCUGGGGCCUCAGCCGCGGCUUGAGAUCGGCGCUCAGGGAGAGGCACGUUGGCUGGCAGCCUCUGGCAGGAGCUCCCAGAAGAGGCUGCUCUCAGCUGAGACAUGGUUGUGGCCUUUGCAGUGUUCCUAAAUGCCCCCAAACUCAGGCAUCUUCCACACCCCAAACCAUAGGAGAACUACCCCCUCCUCUUAUUUUGGCUUUGGUUAAAGUCCACCCUCCAGGCUCCCUGAGGGAUGACGUAAUGUUGAAAGAAGAACGGAGGAUCAGAAGCGUGGCACUGAGGCCAUGUCGGAAUUUUAGGAGAUUUAUUGUUGCAGGAGGUCCCAGAAGUCCUCUGCCGCCUCCUCCCCACGGGGUGGAGGUGACCCACAGCUCUUGAAGGUGGUCCCAGCAGAGCGUAAAGACGUUUGGCAGGUUCCACAGGCUUCCAGGACAGCCCCAGAGCCCAGCUGGGUCUGCCCCCUGAGAACGGGCCGGCAGAAAGGCUCAGCUUGACACUGGGGGAUUCCGUCCAAACCAGUCCCCCCCACGAGUCGGGUGCCUGCCCUGUGCCAAGCCCUGCCAAUACAAAGACAGUAACACAACCUUCCCUGCUUCGAGGAGCUUGGCUGUGGCAACCUCACUGAUACAUACGCACGGGGGCGUAUCUACUCAUGGUUCCAGGAAAUCCAUUAGAUUUUUUGUUUUUGCUUAAUAAGGGAGCAGUAAAAGGAAAAAAGUUGAACUGUUUGGCAGGGUUUGGGGCUUGUGUUUUGGUUUUUGGUGUUUUUUGGCUAGCCCGUGAGGCCUCCAGAGGAGGAUGGUGUAACGUGUUCCACUCCGACUUCUUAUUACAUCUGAGGCCCAAAGGUGCUGUAACCACCCAGCAGCCUCUUUCAGGUGAAUCUCUGUGGCGUGUGGUGGUGGAAAUGGAGGAAAUGGAAUCCAGGGACUAUCAGUUUUUCCACUGCCGCCCCAGACGUCAAGAUGCGCUUGCUCUGGGUGUGGGCCUGCCUCCCGCAGCCCGGUCUUGGUGCCAGGCCGUAAGGUUUCAGGCCACACAGCCCCUUCUCACUUCUGUGUGGGGGAGCUGAUGAAAAGUGAUUGUGUGAAUGUUUCCACUGAUGAGGUGUAGCCUCGGUGACAUGACUUGGGGUCUGCCCCGACUUGAUCCCCAGUCCAAGCGAUUGUAUAAAGCUAUGUUUCCGCUUGACAGCCCCUUCCCUAUUUGCUGCUAGGCUUCAGGCAAAUAACAUGAAAAUCAUGAUGACGGAAUUAUUUUUAAACAGUCCAGCUUUUGUCUAUUCUUUAUAUAUAAACUGUCUCCGUUGUGUUGGGCUAAUGAGGAACUAUUUUCAAUGUUCUUAAAAUUUUCUCCCAUAGCACUUAAAAUAUUUUGUAAAAGACUUUGCUGUAAAGAUUUGUAAGAAUACUGGUCAAAGGGCUCUUUCUCCAACAUUACCAUUUUUAAAAAUGUUUUAAAGGCUAGAAAACAACUUGUGUAUAUUCUGUAUAUGUAUAGCAACACAUUUCAUUUAUGGAAAUAUGUUCUCAGAAUAUUUAUUUACUAAUAUAUUUAUCUUAAGCCAUGUCUUAUGUUGAGAGUGUGACAUUAUUGGAAUAAUCAUUGGAAAUCACUAACCCAAGGCCCUGUAAAUACAUGAUAAUUGCACCCAAAUUCUGCAUAUUCGCUGACCAAAAACAUGAUUUAAGUUGUAGUCUUCUACCGUUUUGUAACAAAGUGUACAAAAGGCUGUAAAAAAAAAUACAGUUUUAUCAAGUA